AUGCUCAACAAGCCAAUCACCCACAAGGCCCGCAAGCGCAGCCAACCCGUACACAAACACCCUCGCAGCAGCAAAACCAGUCACAGCAAGGAGGCCCACAGCCGCAUCAAACGCCGCAACAAACGUCACAAGCCGGCACGCCAGCCAAUACUGGUGGGCAUACCCCUGCACAGACCCCAGGCUCAACAGCCGCGCAGCAGCAAGGCCCACAGCCACCACCGCAACCGCAAGUCCAGCAGCCGCAGGGCCCAGCCCAACCUGCGCAACCUGCGCAACCUCAGCCGGGCCCGCAAGCUGUUCCGCAGCAGAUGCAACAGCAUCCGCAAAUGA